AUGCCAAACUCCCGAGGGGUUUGCUGCUUGAAGGGCCGCCAGGCACAGACAAGGCCCUGGUGGCACGGCGGGUCUCUGACGGGCUGGGCCUGCGCUUUUGCUGCUGCUGCUGCUGCUGCUGCUGCUGCUGCUGCUGGGGGGCCGCCCAACUUAAAGAGCUGCAGCAAGGCUGGGGACUGCCAAAAACGUGUUGAAUUCCUCAAGGAGUUGCUGGCGCUAAUAGAUGGCCUGGAAAGGAACAACGUGCCAGUGCUGGUGCUGGUAAUGGCCGCCACCAACCGCGUGGACUUUCUCGAUGAGGCGCUGCUGAGGCCUGGCCGCUUCGAGCAAACCCUGAGCAUCAGAGAAGGCCAGCGGUAG